CAGAAGGCGCGCGGCUCCGCUCCAGCGCAAGCCCGAAGGCGGUGCUCCGCGAAGGCGCGGCUGGGGGCGCUGGCCCCUUCCCCGAGGGAUUCCUCCUCGGGCCGUGCAGGCAGCCGGCUCUGUCUCUUCGGCUGCCCUUGGAGGGGCCGGGAAGGGGCCACGCCGGGGCGCCGUCGCCGUCGUGCCUGAACGGCGGUGGUGCCGACCUCCCCCCGCCCGGCAGCGAGCUAGCGACCUCCUCCUCCUGCAGCCGCUCCAUCCCGGCGCCUGGUGCCCAUCGCUUGGCAACCCGCCUCCCUUUUUCCUCCUUGGACCCCCACGGGGGAUGCUCUGCUUCUCCCCCCCGUCAGAGUCCCGCCGUGUUUUCCUGCUCCCUCCUCGGAAGGCUUCUUGCCCGCCCGUCCGCGCGCCCCUCCCUCCUUGGCUGGCUCCUGCCGCGAUGCCCACCGUGGGCGUGGGCCGCCCGUUCCCCGGCGAAGACAUCACCCUUCCCGGCACACCAGCCGCGUAGCUGGGGGAGGGCGGGCCGCUGGACAGAAAGAGGGAGGGCGCUGUUUCGCCCCCGUUUCCGAGCUGGGAGAGUCCGCGAGGGCAGCCGAGGAGCGGCGCCGAGGACGAGGGAGCCCCCCGGGGCAGGGGCUGCCGUGCAGCGAGAGCCGAGGGGCUGCGGCCGGAGGAGAGCGUGGCCGGCGCGACGGCUUUGUAGCCCCUUUGGCCCUCUCCAGGCGCAAGACGGCUCCCCUAGCCAAGAACGGCGGCCCUGUGGACUCGGGGGGCCGCUGGCUUGCAAGGGCACUUUAGCCGGCUCCACGCCCUGCCGGAGGAGAGCGGGCCCCAUACCCCACCCCACCCUCUAUCUCCCGGUCGGAGUCAAACUGGAGAGAGGCAGAAGCAACUCCUCUGUCGCUUGGCGCGCACUGCUUAGGAUUUGCCUCCAAAUGAUCUCGGAGGAGGGUACUGGAGGACAAUAAACACACCCGGCGGAGAACAGGGCUCCCUCUUUGUCCUGUGCGGCAUCAGUUUGGGAGGUGAAGAAGAGGCGCCCCUCCCGGUGCAGCGCUGUGGAGACCCUUGGCUGGGCACCUCCAGCCCGUCUUUGCAGAGAGAGAGAGAGAGUUGUCGGCUGGGGUGAACCCCCGUUUUGCCCUGUGGCUGCCUGGUAGAUAGAUCUAUACUUUGUUGCAGGGAAGUGGAGCUCAGGGGUGCCAAUGGCUGUGCAGCCUGGCUUGCCCUGUGCCAUUGUUCUCCCAUCCAAGCCGGCACAUCAGUUUGCCCGAUGGUAGCUGGGCUGCAUAUAUUGGGGACUUGGAAGAAGCAUGGAUGGUGGAGCUACCCUAAGAACUGGCUGCUGUGGCGAGUGAAUGUGCCUGCCUAUGGGUGCCUGGAGCUGGAAAGGAAGGGCCUCCCUCUGACAGCACCAUGGAUUGCCUCUUGCUCUGCAUCCUGGUGGUGCUCUGCAGCUUGACCCGAGCUCAGGUGUGUCCCAAGCGCUGCAUGUGCCAGAACCUUUCGCCCUCCAUGGCCAUCCUUUGCACCAAGACAGGCCUCCUCUUUGUGCCCACGGUGAUUGACCGGCGGACGGUGGAGCUGCGCCUGACCGACAACUUCAUCACUGUCAUCCGCCGGAAGGACUUCUCCAACAUGACCAGCCUGGUGCACCUCACCCUCACCCGCAACACCAUCAGCCAGAUCCUGCCCUUCGCCUUUGCUGACCUGCGUGGUCUGAGGGCCCUGCACCUUGACAACAACCGUCUCCUCCUGAUUGGUGGCGAGCAGCUCAAGGGAUUGCCCAACCUGCGGCACCUCAUCCUCAGCAACAACCAGCUGCAGGAUAUCUCCCCUGGUGCUUUCGAUGACUUUGCGGGCACCUUGGAGGACUUGGACCUCUCCUACAACAAUCUGGUGCAGGUCCCCUGGGAGACUAUCCGGCGUCUCAACAACGUCAACUCCCUCAACCUCGAUCACAACUUGAUAGAUUACGUUCCUGAGGGGGUCUUCACCAACCUUCUCAAGCUGGCUCGCCUGGACAUGACGUCCAACAAGCUGAAGAAGAUCCCUCCUGACCCCCUCUUCCUCCGCAUUCCCGUCUACGCAAAGUCCAAAGGCUCCCCGCUCUCCUCGCUGGUUCUGAGUUUUGGGGGAAACCCGUUGCAUUGCAACUGUGAGUUGUUGUGGCUGCGGAGGCUCACCAGAGAAGAUGACUUGGAAACCUGUGCCUCCCCACCGGACCUUCUGGGGAAAUACUUCUGGACAAUCCCCGAGGAAGAGUUCAUCUGUGAACCUCCAGUCAUCACCCGCUACACAGGGCAGUUAGUGGUGACAGAGGGUGAGGAGGCGGUCCUUCGCUGCCGUGGAGUGGGAGACCCGGAGCCCUCCAUCCAUUGGGUGUCUCCUGAAGGCAAGGUGGUAGCCAACACUUCGCGGACAAUUUCCUACGACAAUGGCACCCUGGAGGUCCUUAUUGCCACCAUCCAGGACACUGGAGCCUUUACAUGUAUUGCAUCCAACGCUGCUGGGGAAGCUACCACUUCUGUUGAGCUGGUGGUCAAUCCAUUGCCUCACCUCUCCAAUGGCACCACUCCCAAGUUACCUGAGGCUGCGGGGCCAUCUGACAUCCUUACCUCGGCCAAGGCCAUCCUUCCUGCUGGUGCCAAUGAAACGGGGGCCUCUCAGGACAGGGGUGUGGUGGCUUCAGAGGUGUCCUCCUCCUCUGUGCUGAUUCGUUGGUACCCCCAGUGGCACGUGCCUGGCAUCCGGAUGUACCAGAUCCAGUACAACAGCUCCUCCGAUGACACCUUAGUGUACAGAAUGAUCCCGUCAUCCAGCAAAGCCUUCCUGGUGAAGGACCUGGCCUCUGGGCGGGACUACAAUUUGUGCGUCUUGGCGGUCUACGACGACGGAGUCACAUCCCUCACGGCCACGCGGAGUCUUGGCUGCGUCCCGUUCAGCACCCCGCAAGAUGCCCUGCAGUGCCAUUCGCUCCACACCCAGUUCCUGGGGGGCACCAUGAUCAUCAUCAUCGGGGGCAUCAUCGUGGCCUCCGUCCUGGUCUUCAUCAUCAUCCUCAUGAUCCGGUACAAGGUCUACAGCGGCCAGGACGAGCACAAGAAAGCCAAAGUCAGCAACGUCUACUCGCAGACCAAUGGCAACCAAGCUCCCACUGCCGUCAACCUGCCCUUCUCGGCCUCCAAACCCGAGGGGUGGGGCGUGGACAGCCCAACGGCGGCCAGGUUGAGGAGGGACUGCAGCAUUCUGGCCUUGAGCAAGGACUGCGAGAAAGGCUCUUGGAGCCAUCCUCCGGAGACGGGGACUGAGGAGGUACCAUCUCCCCGAAGGAGGAGGUGGUCACAGACUAACGUAGACCUCCAUAAUAGUUGUUCCGGGCCUAGGACUGAGGCCUCCAGAGCAGAAGAGCAAGAUCCCCAGCUGAUGCCACCUGCUGGUGAGAGGAAGAAUGCCGGUGAAUGGACCGACGUCAAGAUCUGAGCUCCGUUGGGGGCCCCGAGGGGGAGGAAGGCAUGGCUAGACCGGAGCCUCAGGUGUGAAGCUUGCCCAUAAUUAGUGUGUUUGCUGGGACCUCCAGCUCGCCCCUCCUGGGCAUCUCUCCAACCUCCUGGUCUCUCGCCUGCAGAGAGUCGACAGCAGGAGCGGAGCCUGCCUACCUGUGCCGGAUUGGACCCACCUGGGAGGGCUGAGCUGGGACUGCCAGGAGGGGCCACAGAAACAGGCUGGAGGUUGAAUUUCCGGACUCCACGCACCCUUCCUCCACUAUCCCAUGAUGGUGCUGCUGAUCAUGGUGUGGGGGGUGGGCAGGCACCCCCAGGCCCUCAUUCAUCCCCGGUGUGGGGGAGGGGUGCUGUGUUUGCUGAGGUCACGUCCACUCACAACUCCCAGGCACUGUUUCUGGUGGACUUGCUUGCGGGCCCCUGUUUUUCUAAGAAUCUCUUUCUGUUUUUCUAAACCACGUCUGCAAUUUUCUAAUAAAUGGAGUUGGAAAUCGGCAAUGGAUGGGAUGGCACCUAUUGCCUCUCUAGCAAGGGGUGCAUAUGUGUAUCUCUGUGUGCGGCUUCUUUCCAGCAAGGGUGAAGGACAGACCCACAGAGAAUUCUUGAAAAGCAUGAGGGCACACUAGCGUUUGUGGUUUAAUUUCUGUUUAUUUAAUCAUUAUCCCUAUGCCAUCCCCUCGAGGCUGGUAAUAAAACAAAACCAAAUCAGCAAGAGAGAUGGCACUUCCAUCAUCUAAGUCAAUUAAAUCCUCCCUUUUCCCAACAAUGGCAUCAAUCAGUUUAUGUGACCAAACAGAGCGGUGAACAUGUGAAGAGGUGGAGUCAUGGUAGUAGGCUACGCCCCCCACAUUUGCUCUUCUGACCAAGCCUACUGCAUAUCUGUGUAAACUUCUAUCAGGUCUCUUUCCCCCUGAGGUCUCCUCUCCAAACUAAAAGUCCCAAAUGUGCCUUUCUGCAUCAGGAAACUGCGAACUAGUGGAGGGAAUCAGAAAGGGAGCAGAGUCAGACCAAAAAUAAAGUACAAUGAACCGGGGAAGACUCGUUUAAGGCAAAUCACCAAAAUGAUGAAAAUAUACUAACUCAGCAGGAACAGGAACAGAAGAAAAAAAAGAAUAUUUGGAUCAACUUAUAACAUGGAAAACAACAUUUGCUUGAUAUACAAAAAUAAUUAACCAAAGAACUACCAAUAAA